AGUGCUGUCGUAAACAAACUGUCUGGAAUCAGCAGCGAGCAUAGUUUUCAUAGGCCAACCCUGUUUAACCAUGAAAGUUUGUCAUAACUUUCCUCUCGCUGUUCUAAACUGAUCAUUGGGAACUUUUAAAAAUGUCAUUUACAUCGAAGUCAGAGGCGACGACUUUCUCCUGUAUAAUCAUCUUUGCAUAGAGAGGGUGGAGGCUGUGCAACUUUGGGCGAGAUGGCUACUCUGAAAGAGUAUGCGCAGAGUUUUCGACAGUGGCUGAGGAUUGAGGUCUUCAGAGAGGCCGUGCGUCAGUACCCUGUCAUAUGUUUCCUUCUGAUGUUCAUGCUUCUGUCGACCAUUAUUCUGAAUAGGUACCUGCAUAUCCUGAUGAUAUUCUGGUCUUUUCUGGCGGGAGUCAUUACAUUCUACUGCUCCAUCAGUCCUGAGUACCUUCUGCCAAACAUUCUAUUCCACUUGAAACCAAAAGGCAAACCGAGUGAACAGCAGGAACUAUUUCCAUCUGGCCAUAGCUGCGCAGUUUGUGGGAAAAGGAAGUGCAAUCGUCACAGACCAACUCUUCUUCUGGAAAACUAUCAGCCAUGGCUGGACCUGAAAGUGUACUCAAAAGUAGACGCUUCCAUAUCUGAGGUUUUGGAGCUUAUUUUGGAGAAUUUUGUGUAUCCCUGGUACAGAGAUAUUACUGAUGAUGAAGCUUGUGUUGACGAGUUAAGGAUGAUGUUUCGAUUUUUUGGGGCUGUGAUUGUAAGGAGAGCUCAAAAGGUGGACUUUCCCUCGCUUUUCACUGGCAAAAUGGCAAAAGUAGCCAUGAAGCAUGUUGAAAUCAUGGCAAAAGCCUGGAACAAAGUAUCCCAGAACCCUGAGCAUCUGCAGCAGGCUGCCUUGGACGAGUACGGUCCAGAUUUGCAUAUAGCGCUGCGAAGCCGCAAAGAUGAGUUGAUCUAUCUCCGCAAACUGACAGACAUGCUGUUCCCUUACAUCGUCCCGCCCAAGGCCCCCGAGUGCAGAUCUCUUGCAUAUCUACUGAGAGAAGUGAUGACUGGAUCCGUUGUCCUCCCCACACUUGAUUUCAUGGCAGAUCCUGAUACAUUGAAUCAUAUGGUGCUCAUCUAUAUCGAUGACACUCCGCCUGAGGAAGCCCUGGAACCCCCGUCGGCUUUUGUUCCAUUUCUGCAGAAGUUUGCCACCCCUCGCAGCAAGAAGUCAUCUGUGUUGAAGCUGGAGCUGAAGGAGAUCCGUGAUCAGCAGGACCUGCUGUUUCGCUUCAUGAGCUUCCUGAAGGCAGAGGGCGCCGUCCACGUGCUGCAGUUCUGCCUCGCUGCUGAAGAGUUCAACGAUAAAAUCCUGUGCCCUGACCUGAACGAGGCGGAGAUGCAGCGGCUCCACGGGGAAGUGCAGAACAUCUACAAGACCUACUGCCUGGACGAGAGCAUCGACAAGAUCCGCUUCGACCCCUUCAUCGUGGAGGAAAUACGCAACAUUGCACAGGGCCCAUAUCAGGAGGUGGUGAAGCUGCAGACCAUGCGGUGUCUUUUUGAAGCCUACGAGCACGUCCUGUCUCUCCUGGAGAACGUCUUCACCCCCAUGUUCUGCCACAGCGACGAGUACUUCAGAUAUCUGCUGUGUGGAGCUGAAUCUCCUACCAGGAACACUCGUUUGAUCAGGAAUAGCAUGAAUUUCGAUGAGUACAGGAACACGUCCAAACGCGGAGAGUCCUUCGGGAUUAGCCGCAUCGGCAGCAGAAUCAAAGGGGUGUUCAGAAGUACGACCCUCGAGGGGGCUAUGCCACCCAACUACGGCAUGGUGGAUGGAAGUGAAGAUCAGGUGGAGGAGGCCACGGUGGUGGUGGAGGAUGACUCUCCGGCUGAGCUGGUGAGCACACCGGGCACCCUCCGCAACCUCUCGGCCUGGAUCAUCACCAUCCCGUACGUGGACUUCUUCGAGGACGAGAUCAAGAGAGAGAAGAUCCCGGUCUUCUGCAUCGCAGUGGAGCGCAACGACCGGAAGGAAGUGGGUCAUGAAAAGGAAACCUGGGUCGUGUACAGAAGAUAUCUGGAGUUCUACGUUCUUGAGUCGAAGCUCACAGAGUUUCAUGGUACCUUUGCAGAUACACAGCUCCCAUCGAAAAGGAUUAUCGGACCAAAGAAUUUUGAGUUUUUAUCUUCAAAGAGAGGAGAAUUUGAAGACUAUCUUCAGAAACUUCUGCAGCACCCGGAGCUAAGCAACAGCCAGCUGCUGGCUGACUUCCUGUCCCCGUACAGCGUGGAGUCGCAGUUUCUCGAUAAGAUGCUUCCUGAUGUCAAUCUUGGAAAAAUAUUCAAGUCUGUCCCAGGAAAACUAAUGAAAGAGAAAGGUCAGAAUUUGGAGCCGUUCAUCCAGUCCUUUUUCAACUCCUGUGAGUCUCCAAAGCCCAAGCCCAGCAAGCCGGAGCUCACCAUCGUCAGCCCCACAGCAGAAAACAAGAAGCUCUUCAAUGGUUUGUUCAAAAACAACGCCAACCUCUCGGAAAGUGCAGAGAAGAAGCACAAUCAGAAUUACUUCAUGGAAGUGAUGCCUUUGGAAGGAGUAUACGACUACAUGAUGUUUAUGGGCCGUCUGGUGUUCCGCAUACCGGACUGGCUCCACCAUGCGCUGUGCGGUGGCCGUAUCCUGCUGAAGCGGACCCUGGAGGCCUACAUGGACCACUACCUGCAGUCCAAACUGGACCAGCAGCUACAGGAGCACCGCAUGGUGUCCCUCGUCACACUACUUCGAGAUUCAGUGUUCUGUGAAACUGUGGAAGUGCGCUCUAUGGAGGACAAGCAGAAGAGGGCCAAGCAGGCGUUCGAGGAGAUGAUGAACUACAUCCCAGAUGCGGUGGUCAAGUGUAUUGGAGAGGAGGCGCGCUACGAGGGCGUGCGUCUCCUGUUCGAGAUGCUGCAGCAGCCCCUUCUGAACAAACAGAUGACCUACGUCCUGCUGGAUCUGGCGGUGCAAGAGCUCUUCCCCGAACUCCAAAAGACCCAGAAGGAUAACCUGAAUGUCAGUCCAAAGCUCUGAAGGCUUUCAGCGGAGGUCAUGCACCACACCACACCAGAACCCCACGGAGGAAGGCUUUCCUGACGAUGCAAGCUUCAAAGCAUUCCAGUGUACAAAAGAUAUAUUGAUAUGAAUAAUAAAGAGAAUAUAUUUAUUAGA